UCUCGCGCAUUCGGCGCGGGCUGAAGAUGGCGGAGCAGCGUGAGCGGCGCAGGAUGCGCUCACGAGACAUCAAAGUUCUUUCCGUGGCGUUCAGUUGAUUCGGAUUUUCACGACCGCUCUCAUAGCGGCCAUUUAAAAAAAGGAUGGACAGGAGGUUCUGCUAGAAAACAUUUCUUUCAUGCCUUGAUUAUUCAAGCAGAUACAUGAAGCGGCAAAAGGAUUUAAGCCAAAGCAACAACAACCUUUAGAUCAAACAUGGUGCCUUCAGCUACUUACGCAUAGGGUUUAUAUAUGGACGAAGGAGUACCAUACAAAAAGAGAGACACCGGAGCGGCGAUUCCGUCGCAGGCUAUGCGGGCCAUGGUGACCUAGAGUCAAUAGUCGUUUCCUGGCAGGACAACUUGAUUCCAGUUUAAUCCCUGCUUGCUUUUUUGUCUUCUACCUCCCUACCAGAGUGAGGUGCCACCCUCUCUCUGUUCCUGCCACCCACUUGGCCAAGACAGCUAUGGCUGGAGUGAGGAAGUUGGCAAGAGUGGUCAGGCACCAGGGUCUCCACCGCCUGAUCUUUGCACUCAUCCUCUUCUGUCUACUCUCCAUGGCCUACUUGGCUUAUCAUGUCAGUGCUGGACCCAAGAUCAAGGAGGCCCCUGUGCCAUUACCACUGGGGGACUGUGUAGCUACAUCUGUAGUAGGUGGCGGACAAAGGACUCCACUGUUCCUGCCAUCACAGGUAAGCCGACGGCGACACUCGGCGAGGACAGCAGACACCUCUCGGAUGGAGCCUGUGGUGUUACUCUUUGUGGAAAGCAUCUACUCCCAACUUGGACAAGAGAUUGUAGCCAUUUUAGAAUCAAGCCGCUUUCAUUACCGCACUGAAAUUGCACCGGGGAAGGGGGACAUGCCUCCUUUGGCUUGGCGAGGUCGUGGCCGAUACACCCUAAUCGUCUAUGAGAAUCUGCUCAAGUACGUCAACUUAGACUCAUGGAACCGCCAGUUACUGGAUAAAUACUGCCAAGACUAUGGAGUGGGAAUCAUUGGCUUCUAUCGGGCAAAUGAAAACUCCCCAUCCAGCGCUCAGCUUAGAGGCUUCCCUCUCUUCUUGCGUUCAAACCUGCCACUUUGGGAUUACAAAGUCAACCCUGCUGCACCCCUGCUCUACAUCACCAAACCUAAUGAGCUGGAACCUGGCCCUUUACCUGCAGACAACUGGACCACUUUCCUGUCCAACCACAGUACUUAUGAGCCUGUGCUGUUAGCUAGCCCCAGACCAGCAGAACUCAAACAGCUCCCAGCACACGCAAACCAACAGAGAGCACUGCUGGCUACGAUUAUGCAGGACCUAGGUCUUCACGAUGGGAUCCAGCGAGUGUUAUUUGGAGGUAGCUUGUCUUUUUGGCUGCACAAGCUGCUGUUCGUGGAUGCUGUGGGCUAUUUAACUGGCAGAAGGCUCAGCCUCUCGUUGGACAGAUUUUUGCUUGUGGAUGUGGAUGACAUCUUUGUUGGGAAGGAGGGGACACGGAUGAAAGUGGCAGAUGUUGAGGCUCUGCUUCACACACAAAAUAAACUCCGUUCUCUGGUACCUAAUUUCACCUUCAACCUGGGAUUCUCUGGCAAGUUCUUUCAUACAGGUACAGAUGAGGAAGAUGAGGGUGAUGACACCCUGCUUCGACACCGGCAGGAGUUCUGGUGGUUCCCGCAUAUGUGGAGUCACAUGCAGCCUCAUCUCUUCCACAAUGUCAGCGUACUCGCAGAACAGAUGAGACUUAAUAGACAGUUUGCACAGGAGCAUGGGAUCCCCACAGACAUGGGUUACGCUGUAGCCCCCCAUCACUCAGGUGUGUACCCUGUGCACAGUCAGCUUUACGAGGCCUGGAAGAGCGUUUGGGGCAUCAAGGUGACCAGCACAGAAGAGUAUCCUCAUCUCAGGCCUGCUCGCUAUCGCAGAGGCUUCAUACACAACGGCAUACAGGUUCUCCCCCGGCAAACCUGUGGGCUUUUCACACAUACCAUCUUCUACAAAGAUUAUCCAGGAGGCCCACAGGAGCUGGACAAGAGCAUUCGUGGAGGAGAGCUGUUUCUUACAGUGCUGCUCAAUCCGGUAAGUAUAUUCAUGACUCACCUGUCAAACUAUGGCAACGACCGGCUGGGCCUGUACACCUUUGAGUCACUGGUGAGGUUUGUGCAGUGCUGGACUCACCUGCGCCUGCAGACACUGCCUCCCGUCCGCCUCGCUCACAAAUACUUCCAGAUCUUCCCUGAUGAGAGAGACCCCUUGUGGCAGAACCCGUGUCAUGACAAGAGACACAAAGACAUCUGGUCCAAAGAGAAGACCUGUGACAGACUGCCCAAGUUUCUAGUGAUUGGCCCUCAGAAGACCGGAACCACUGCACUUCACUCGUUUCUUGCCCUUCAUCCUGCCAUUACGAGCAGCUUCCCCAGCCCCGUCACCUUUGAGGAGGUGCAGUUCUUCAGCGGACCAAACUACAAGCGUGGCAUUGACUGGUACAUGGAUUUUUUCCCCGUACCCUCAAACAUAAGCACAGACUUCCUGUUUGAGAAGAGCGCAAACUACUUUGACACUGAAGUUGCCCCGAAGAGAGCAGCGGCCCUUUUACCAAGAGCCAAAAUCAUCUCUAUACUCAUCAACCCUGCUGACCGCGCGUAUUCCUGGUACCAGCAUCAGAGGGCUCAUCAGGACCCUGUGGCGCUAAACCACACGUUUCACGAGGUGAUCUCUGCAGGGCCAUCGUCCCCCGCAGCUCUGCAGUCUCUGCACCGCCGCUGCCUGCAGCCUGGAGCCUUCAGUAGCCAUCUGGAGCACUGGUUACACCACUAUCAGCCCAGUCAGCUGCUGAUCGUGGAUGGUGUGCAGCUGCGCUCCAGUCCUGCUCAGCUGAUGGAUGGCAUUCAGAAGUUCCUCGGAGUCACACCGUACUAUAACUACACACAAGCGCUGACGUUUGACGAGAGUAAAGGUUUCUGGUGUCAGAAACUGGAAGCAGGACGUACUCGCUGUCUGGGAAAGAGCAAAGGAAGGAAGUAUCCAGAAAUGAGCCUGGAGUCGAGGGUGUUCCUGUCGGAGUAUUACCGCGAGCAGAACGUGGAGUUACUCAGGAUGUUGAAACGUCUGGGUCAGCCUCUGCCCAUUUGGCUCAGAGAUGAACUGCACAACGCCAGCUGGAGCUGAUCAGAACCUGCGUAAGGAGAACCACGGCAGAACCCUGCUCCACACAGGAGACCUCAGGGCCUGUGUGCGGCAGGAGCCAAAAGAGGACUGACCCCUCUCGCCCACCAGACUCCGCACAGGCUCUGAUGAAACAGCGGGCCGAUCACGCUCUCAGUCUGCAUGAAGCCCUCAGAGUCACAGGAGAAGCCCUCAACCUUGUUAUGGGAACUUGUAGUGGACAUUCAUGGAGAUAUGGAAAUGGGAGCGACCCGAUUGGACAGCUUUAAAAAGACUUCUAGAGUGGUUAGAUAUCAGCUGUGAACUGGUUGUUUUGAAAUGCAAAUACAGUCUUCUAGGAAGAGAGGGAAUCACACAGAACCUCUAGGAGCAUUCUGUGGAAAUACCCAUGAAAGGAACGGGACUAUGAGAGGACUAUUUAAAUUUUAUUCUCAAAAGUCUUUAACUCUGCUAAGCAGAGAAGUAUUUAAAUAUGUGUCUCAUAAAUGUAUGCCAUAUUGAUGCCUUUCUCAAAAAGUUGCUGUUGAGGUGAUUUCUGUUUGAUGUCAAAAAACAGCCCAAGAAGCUAUCAAGAAGAUUUCAUAUCAAGGUUCAUAUGUAGCUACUUUUAAAAAAAUUGGAAAUUUAAUUUAAUUAACUGGGCAAAUGUUUCUUUAUUAAAAUUAUCAUUUUUAACAUUAUUGUUCAAAAAUUUGGGGUAGGUAAGAUAGAUUUUUUUUUUUUUUUUGAAAGAAGCCUCUUAUGCUCACCAAGGCUGCAUUUAUUUGAGCAAAAAUACAGUAAAAAAAAAUUGUGAUUAUAUAAUUGCAACUCUUUUCUAUUUAUUGUUUUUAUUAUUGUAUAUUAAAUAUUUUAUGUUAUUUAUGUGAAAGCAAGCAGCCAUUACUCCAGUCUACAAUGUCACUUGAUCAAAUAUGCUCAUUUGUUUUUCAAGAAACAUUUAUUUUCAAUGCAUCCAACCUUGAUGAAUUUUUCCUGGAUUCUUUAAUGAUUAUAAAGUCCAAAAGAACAGCAUUUAUGUGAAAUACAAAUCACCUUUGAUUAAUUUAAUGAAUUCUUGCUAAAUAAAAGUAUUAAUUUCCUAAAACUUAAAGCUUACUGACUCCAGACUUUUGAACACUAAUGUAUGCAAUCUGCAGACAAUGGCACUGUUCCAAAUCCUAGCACACAUUUCAAGGUAUCAUAGCCAUUUAAGCAGGAAUCAUAAUUAUUCUGUUUUUUAAUUGAACUGUGUUUUAACACCAAAACAGCAUUGAAAUUUAUCAUUUAUGGAAAAGGCAACUUCAAGAAUCACAGUGGAUUCCAAUACCUUUGGAAUCUUUAGUGUGGAAUUGACACUUAUGUUAAUCAAUCCAAAUCACUUCAUCAUCCACAGUGUUCCACGAUAAUACUUUUGUAGGCAGUAGACCAGAAGGGAACUAUAACUAGGUUUUGGAACAGCCUAAUAUCAGUGCAGAACCAAAGCAAAACUGUUUUUAUACGUGCCAAACUAAAUUGCACCUGUAAAACCUUUCUUUCUUUCUUUUUUUUAAUGUCCAAAAUGACAAGUACAUUAUACUGUAUUGAGUGAAUGUGCAUUGUGUAUGUGUAGCAACAGUUGGAUACAGGUACAUAAAAAUGAAUCAACAGUAAUGUGAUCUCAAGUCAUGUCUGGUGUUCAGUUUAAGUACACACAUAUUGUGGGAAAUAAAGGCACAGAAUGGA